AUGGUUGUCAGGAGUAUCCGUCUUUUUAUUCAACAGGCUGACCAAAGCCAUGGGAAUAACCACGCGGAAAGGCUGAUGUUCGCUCUAAGCACUUUGUUUGAUGCGACACGUUUAGAUAUCCAGUUCUACUUGAUCCACGGUUGGGUUCCCCAAAACACUCUGAAAGCGAUGUUAUGUCCGACGCCAGUCCCAGAAAGGCCUGUCUAUCAGCGGAGACGAAAACUUCAGAGAGUUGAUGGCUAUGGAAAAGCGUGUGCCGAGGAGUGCCCGACGAUAUCGCUCCGACCUCCAAACGCAAAAAUGGAUGGAGUUAUCCGAACGCCUGAAAUCAGCAUUUCAGAAAGGGGACGUCGUAUGUUUAUACAUUCCAAAAUUGCAGACCGGACUAAUCGUCUGAAACCAAGAGCCUUGUUUCCUAAAAGACAGGCAGUCACCGUGGAUGUGAAUGAAGAAGAGGAUUUGGAUGUUGUGCUACUCCAAGAAGACAGUUGGGAAACCGAUGCCCAAAAGGAUCAGUACGAGGUUGUGAAGAAUUUGGAUCUACGAUGGUGUAAGAAACCUCGAACAUCCAAAAUGCGUCGGGAGUACCUUGUCAAAUAG